ACGGCGACCCACCCAUCUUGCGCUCAAACCUCAGCGAUCUCACAGCCACAACACCAUCUCACCUGUUUGCAUCCCUAUCUGCCCCCAUCCACCGUUUAUCCAUCCGACACCCGUCGCGCCCACCAGAGGGCCGGCCCCGUAGACGUGUACCAGUCCAGAUAGCUCGUGCCAGCUGUGCGACCACAGCCUUGCGACCGUCAGGCUUCCACCCGACGUCGUCGCAUACCGCGCCCUGUUGCUCGCGUCUCAAUAGCGCACGACGCGAAGCAAACCGCUACCCCAUCUUCGCACCCUCUCCCGGAAGCGCGACCCCACCGCCAGCAUGAACCACUAUCCUCCCCGGGCUGUCAUGCCUCCCCAGACGGGCCCAGCUCAGCGCCUCAACGAGCUGCUCGACAACAUCAAGACCGAGUUCGAAGCCGAAUCCCAGCGCAGUGUCGAUGCCGAAGGCCAAAUCACGCGUCAUAUUCAAGAGAUUGAGUUGAUCCGCGGCAAGGUCUACUCGCUCGAGCAAUCACACAACCAGAUGAAAGCAAAAUACGAGGAGCGCAUCGCCCAGCUGGAGCGCGAACUCGAGGCUCGCGGCGGCCCCAGCCAGAACUCGCAGCACCACGGCCCAUCGCAGCCUCAGCCACCUCAGAUUGGCCACGGCCCCAGUAACCUGUUCGGCGGCAUAAUGGCAGGCAGUGCUGCCCAAGGUGGCCCGGGACUGGCGCCUCCUCCACAGGAGCCGCCCCAGGGCCACGGCAUGCCGCCACAACUGGGAGGACCCCAAGGCCCCCCAGGACUGAACCCUGCUCCUGGUCCGCCACAGCACUUUGGUGGUUACCAGCAGGGCCCAUCUGUAAAUGGUUAUGGUCAGCCUCCACAGCCCACUGCCUCACCUGGUGCUAAGCGUCCAGGUCCUGCCCGUGGUCCCCCCAACGGCCCACCCAAUCCCGCCACUCCUCAGCAGAACAACCCUGCACCCUACCCCGGAUCGCCUCAAGUCCCGCGACCGACUCCUCCUCCCCACCAUCAGCAGCCGAGUGCGUUGAUGGCGCCCAAUCACAUGCCUCUCAGCCAGAGUAACGUCUUGGCUGAUCUGGACAUUGAGCAGUUGCCAGAGAACCUGAAGAAGGAGGGCAGCGAUUGGUUCGCUGUCUUCAACCCUCGUUCAAGACGUGUGCUUGAUGUUGACUUGAUCCACAACUUACCCCAUCAAAGUGUGGUUUGCUGCGUACGCUUCAGCUUGGACGGAAGGUGGGUUGCGACAGGUUGCAACCGCUCAGCCCAGAUUUUCGAUGUCGAGACUGGAAACCCUGUCGCCCAUCUUCAGGAUGGAAGCCUGCCCGAGGACGGCGAUUUGUACAUCCGAAGCGUCUGCUUCAGUCCCAGCGGCCAGUACCUUGCAACCGGUGCCGAGGACAAGGUCAUCAGGGUCUGGGACAUUGCUACCCGCACCAUCAAGCACCAGUUCACUGGACACGAGCAGGAUAUUUACUCCCUGGACUUUGCCAGGAACGGUAAGAUCAUUGCAUCUGGUAGUGGCGAUCGCAGUGUCCGUCUCUGGGACCUUGAGUCCAACAUGCAAGUGUCCAACUUCUCCAUCGAGGACGGUGUCACCACCGUGGCCAUCUCCCCAGACAACCUCUACGUCGCUGCCGGAUCUCUCGACAAGAGUGUCCGUGUGUGGGAUAUUCAGACCGGCCAGCUUGUCGUCCGUCUCGAAGGCGAGCACGGUCACAAGGAUAGUGUCUACAGUGUGGCUUUUGCUCCUUCGGGCAACAGGCUCGUCAGUGGCAGUCUGGACAAGACGAUCAAGAUGUGGGAGCUAUCCACCAACAACCGCUUCGUCCCAGGCGGCCACCAACCAACCGGCAAGUGCAUCCGCACUUUCGAAGGCCACAAGGACUUUGUGCUCAGCGUUGCCCUUACCCCACACGGUGACUGGGUACUGAGUGGUUCCAAGGACCGUGGCGUCCAGUUCUGGGACCCUCACACUGGUGUCGCGCAGCUCAUGUUGCAGGGACACAAGAACUCCGUUAUUUCCGUAGCUCCCAGCCCCACAGGAGGCGUCUUCGCUACCGGUAGUGGCGAUAUGCGUGCGCGUAUCUGGAGGUUCGACAGGUAUCCUGGACCUUAGAAAGGUCCCGAUACCUUCAUCAAGGAUGAACACAUAACGCCAUUCACUUGAUUUCAUCAUUGGUCCAUAGAGGAGGCAAGUGGGUGGUGGGUAAAAUCGGCAAAGGGCUCUGGAGACAAUUGUGUUGUUUUAUUCUUCUCGUGUUCGGUUUGGAGAAAUCAGGACGUUAUGAGGUAUUUUUGAUUCCCAAUCUUCCUUUACUAUAGUGAAUAU